AUGGACACCAGCGUAGCGUCGCACGCCGCGUCGGAGCCCACUCGCCCCUGGCCACGGGCUUCGAGGGCGAGUGCGGUCGCCGGCUCCUCCGCAGAGGACCGAGACUCCACACUGCGCUCGGGCGGGGGAAAAAUCGCUGGCAGGCCGUCUAAUCAAAUGGGGUCUUUGUCUUACGCCUUUGCGUCGCAUCUCGUGGCGUCCAGCGUCGUGGACUUACGCGCUUUCCCCCUGGCGGCUCCAAGCGCCCGCGCCCUCCCGCUGGCUCCCUCCUCGGCUCCUCUCGUUGAGCCGUCGCUACUGGCUCGUCUGCCUCUCGUCGGCCGGUUCCUUGGAACGGGUGAAGAGACGGCUGCAACGCGUGGGGGCAGCGGCUCAGAGGGAAGCUCCGCGCGGGCUAGCAGCUCGACGUCGUCGCCUCCGUUCUCGCCGCUCUGCUGCCCGGGUCUCUCGUCUCUGCUUCCAAAUGCACACGUCUGCCGAUGGAGCAACCGGCUGUAUCUGACCGCCUGGCGGGAUGCGACGGUGUACGGCUACGUGCUCCCCAUGCCGCAGUCCUGCUUCCUGGGCGACAGGCGCGCGGAGGGGGGGGGUCCGGCACCGCGUGCGACGAGCUUCUACUAUGCGCACACGCAGCCCGUGGGCUUGGCCAGGCUUCUGCCUGAGCACAACCUCCUUCUCGUGGCUGGCUCGCAGGACGAGAAAGAGCUCGACUCUUCUUCGGCGGACGUUUUCCUGCUGCAGUACGAGGCCGCCCUCGAGGGUCCUGCCGGGUCGCAGCGCACAGCUGGUCAAGAGACAGGCGACGCCGCCGGCGCGCUCUUUCCGUUGUGCGCUCCGCCCUUUCGACGAUUUGAAGUGUACCCGAGUCCGCAGUCGUCUGGCGGCUCGCAGGGGUCCUCAGAACCCGCUCCCCUGCGCAUCCGACGCGCCUUCAGCCUCGCUGUGCCCCUGCAUGGCGUCUCGUUAGCUGCGAGCUACGACGCAGGCCUGCUGCUCUUUUCGGCCGACAGCCGCAAGAAGAAAGGCUCCGUAAUUUUCCUUCCUGAGGAGGCGCUCGAGGACCUUGCAACCGACGCUGACGCACGCGGAGCCCACCAGGAGCCAGACCUCUCGCCGCCGGCGGCGUCUGAGCCCUUGACGCCAUCCCCUGGCAGCGGAAGUGGAGCCAAAGAGACAGAAGUCACAGCUGGGCGAUUGGGAUUGGGCGACUCCAGAGCCCCUUCUUUAAAAAUAGAGAAGGUGCCGUUUUCGUUCUGCUCCAGUGACCACUUUCCCACCCUCCCUUCGGCCCCCACCGCGUACGCCCUCGAUCGGAAGUCGCAUUGCUUCUUCGUCGGCGGCUUCGAUGCUGAGGAGGGACGCGCGUGGCUCGCUGUGGCGAACUGUUACCACCUGCGCCCCGAGCUCGAUGAAGAGGACUACAAGGACCCCGAGAAGCUGCGCCUUCGGCAGCGGCUCCUGGAGCAGCGAGCCAGGGAGGAGGCGGCGAAGCGCGAGGGCGACGACGAAGGAAGGACGCCGGCAGAGGAGCCGGAUCUCCGCCCUUUUGUUAUUCUCCUCCCUCUCCUAUCUUGUCUGCGGUACGCCGCCAAAGUCGCGGCCAGUAUCGAGCGAAACGCUGCGGAGGAGAAUGUCGCCCAGACGGUGCGCUGCGGAGACACGGCAGAGAAGAAUGAGGACGGGAACAACGGGGAACGCGGAGAAGCAGAGGAGCCUUCAUCUUCUCCUCGAGCAGCCGCGGCAAGAGGCAGCGAGCAGUUGCCCUCCCUACACGAGCAGUGGGGCGCUCAGUUCUACCGACCCGUUUCCAUCGCGGAAGUUCGCUCGCUCGUGGCUCUGGACGUGGAGCAGGCCCUCUCUGAAAGCCCUCUUGGCGAAGGCGAGGAGGCUGAGACGCUCGUUCUGUCGCACACCUCUCAGUCCGCGCGAGGAUUCUCUCGCGCGCGUAUCUCGACUUCCGCAGCUCCUGCGGGCGACGGUCCGCCUCACGCGCCGCAGAAGUCUUCGGCGGCGGAGCGUCAGUCUCUGGAGAAGGCGAGGAAGAAGCUCGAGCAAGAUGAACAAGUCGAGGUUGUGCACAUCGCUGUAAGUCCCAGUGGGCGGCGCCUGGCGGUGACUUUCUCGACGCGCGAAGUUUUGAUUUUGAGCAGACAGGACGGCGCUACGGCGGCCGCGGAGGACGCGACGCACGGUCCGCAGGGCCAGGCGGGCGGCACGAAGAAAGAGAAGGACUGCUGCAGCCCACAUUCCACGUCCUUCGCUUGCAAGACAUCCACUGUCUCGUACACAGUGCAGCCGGACAAAGCCUCGGCGGCGGCUCCGUCUGCGGCGGCGCCCUACGUGCCGUGGCUCUUCCUGCCCGCUCCGUUCGUGAGCCACCUGAGAAUUGCGGGCAGCCUCGGUCGGCGCAGCCUUCGCUUCGGGUCCGCGGCGCCCGCCCCCGCCGACGCACUGGGAGAGGCGAGCCAUGCGUUGGCCUCCGGCCGAGAAGCUUUUCGCCUCGUCUCCUCGCUUCAGCAGUACCCCGAGUACGAGGGCCUGAACGGCCUGCUGGGCUGCGCCUUCACGGCGGAUGGCCAUGCAGCCGGGGGGUUGGGGGCGGACGGCGUGGAUCGCCGCGGAGAAGAAGAGGACGUUCUCCUGCUCGCGCUGGGGGUGCGAGCCUCUCUCGAUCGCCUCCGAGGACUAGCCGGCUACGAAGUCUCGCGUGAGGCCGCGCCCCAGGCGCGCUCUCCCUCGCCGCCGUCUGCUGGCAAAGCUGCGGACUGCGGAGAUUUGCCUGCUGGAUCAAGCGAGAGGAGCGACGCCGCACGCCCUGGCAGCUCGCUCGACUCCGCAGAGCCUCCCCAGCGGCCGCCGGCGAGCCACCCCCGCCACGACUCCGCCGCAGGUCUCCUCAGCGACGAGCUGCGGCCGACGCCGUCCAUGUCAGUUGAUGUGUGUGCCCUGCGUCUGAGCGACUGGGUCGCGGGGACCAGGGUCGUCUCCGGAUCGCGCGCCGCGGCGGCAGCGGCUGAGCCGGCUGCGCACGCAAGCUUCCGUCGACGACAGAGGCCAGUCGCCUCGCUCCUGCCAAACGCUUCGCCGCAGGUCGCGGGAGACGUGCAGCGCUGGUUGUGUCCGUGCAGCCGCGACGCUGAGGCACUCGGCGUCGCGCUCCUGCCCCCCUGCUGCUGGAGGCGGGAGGAGGAAGAAGAAUCUGGAGAGCGACAGGUCGGCUCCCGACGAGGCGCCGGCGCCGGAGAGGCGAAUGCGUUGACCAUAGUCAUCACGCUCGAGUCGACUUCCGUUCCUCACGCAGCGGGUCAGAGAGAGAAGGCAGGCUUGGAAAAGAACUCAGGCGCCGCUGGCGAAGCAGGCGGCUCCGCCUCAGCUGCUCCCGUUCUGCGCGUGUGGGCUGUGGACACGCUGAGCGUCGACAAGCUGACCGCCCUCUACCGAAGCCGCUCGCGCUUCGCAGAGGCUGAGCGCGUAUGCGCGAACGCCCUCGAGAAUCUCCUCGCGAGCCGGCGCGAGGGAGACACUAGGCGCUCUCUCGACUUCGCAGCAGACGAGAACGAGCGGACGACGACGGGCGGGAUGCACGCAACGGGGCGGUGCGGCGGCGCUGCGCGCGGAAGGCAGCUCCAGCAUGGAUCGCCUCAGCACGGAUCGCCUCAGGAAGGAGCGAUGGAGGACGAAGAGCGCAGGCAACGAGAGGCGGAGAUUGAGCGGUAUCGGUGCCUCUUGGAAGAGAUCCGAGAAGAGCGGUGGACGCACCGGGGCCGCCUCCCCGGUGCCGCAGAAGAAGACUUCGAGGUUUUCUUCUCGCUGCAGCCUCGGCAUCGCUCGUGGCUGGUAUCAGAGGCGCUGGCCUACGACCCUUUCCAGACUUCUCUCACUUGGUCGUCUCCAUGCCUGUGGAAGGCCGGUGCGGCUUGGACGGGCGCUCGCGUGCUUUCCUGGGAAGCAGAGGAAGGAGAGGGCCGUGUGAACGAAACAGACAACACAGGCCGGAGAGGAGGGGCGGAAGAGGCAGAAGAAGAAAGAGAAGGCGCAUGCGUGCAGCUGUGGGCGCAAGGGCUCGAGCGCCUGGAGAGACUUCUUGUCUUCCUUCUUCGCGACACAGCGAAAGAAAGCCGAAGGGGGGCAGCGAGCCGCGAGGCGGCGCCUGCAUCUGCGCGGAAUGUCUCCUCUGUCGGGGAGGCCGCCGCGACGGAAGGCACAGGAGAGGCUGAGAAGGCCCGCCGCGCGAACGCGGAUGGGAAUCAAGUGGAGGAAGCGAGGGAGAAGGAGCAAGAAGAGCUUCGAGAGCGGCUACAGCGCUGUCGUCUUCUUCAGCUCUUCUGCAACUCUGCCCCUGCGGCCGGUCUUUCCUCUGCGUCUGCUUCGUCUUCCGGUCUCUCUCCGGAUGUCUCCGCCGCUGAGGCGCUUCGCCCGCCUCUCCUUCUCUCGACUCCUCUUCAGCCGUUCGGCUUCGGUUCGCGCAACUCGUUACCGUGUCACGAGAUGGAACUGCCUUCUCUGAAUGUCAUGUCUUCCUCGCUUCCACGCGCCGCGUCGGCAUGCGUGGGGUCGUCUUCGCCUCCGCCUGCCGCCUCCUCGUCCUCUCUCCUGGCAAGCGCGGGAGGCGCUCUGCCUCCUUCGCGGCUCCUGUGUCUGUCUCUCUCGCUGUCGUCUCUUCUCUCCUCGGACUCUGAAAAUCUCCCUGCGUCUUUCUCGUCGUCUGUCGGGACGCACCCGAACACGUUUCUUUUCAAACUCUGCUGCCUCUGCAGCGCGAACUGUCGUUUGGACUGCAUCGUGGCGAUGAUGCAGCAGGGACACCUGUCUCCUUCCGAAGGCUUAUCUUCUUCUCCGGGCGCGCUACCCAGUGCGGGGCUCCCAGGGUGGGAGCGAAUCCUUUCUUCGCUGCCUGAGGUACUCCAUCCUGUUCACUACGCGCAUCUUCUCCCUGUCCUUCUUCCUCCCGCUUGCCCAGCGCCGUCUGCUCGCGCCGCUCUCUCGGCAUGCAUGCGGGAGGCGCAGUCUGCUUCUCUGUCUUCGCGCCUCUCGCACGAUGCCGCUGUCUCCUCUCUCUCCUCGCUCUGUAGUUCUCCUGUCCCCUCUCUCCCUGCGAGCUCUUCUUCUCUCUCUGGCGCGUGCGCGCCUGCCGCUGCCUCGCAGGCUGACGGCCUGGCGCACUCGUUUCUGCUGAUGGAGUCCGAUCCGCUUCGGUUCUUCGCUUGGGCCAUCCGCCGCCUGUUUUGCAUUCUGAAACGCACUGAGCUGGUGCGCUCGGUCGCGCUUCCUCUGCUCCACGCGAUUCUCUCGCUCGCAGUCAAGCAGCGCCUACCCCACAGCCUCAGAAAGGCGAACAGACGGAGCAGGAAGCAGGCGCUGGAGCGCGCGUCUGCAGUCGCGCGCCGCCUGCGCGACGCCGCGGACAGACAGCAGCAGGGGGGACUGGAAGGAGAUGCAGGUCGGCUCGGAGUCGCCACCGAUGCGCCCGCGGGGGAAGGAGGAGGACGCGAGGCGAAUCCGCGCCCGCGAGACACUGCGCGCGAAGGCGGGGGCGGUCGAGAGGCAGCGCAGAGCGAAGCGGCGGGGAAAGCGAGCGAAGUGACCGCAGAGCAGCGAGCCUCUGCACUCGCCGCAGCGGUCCUAGCCAUUGGCGUGUCCCCGGCCUCGCUGCCCUCAGAGAGAGGAAAGUCUCUCUUCCCGCCUUCAGGCACCCAGCGCGCGAAGAACGGAAUGCGGCAAGCGGGGUCGCUCUCUGCUUUGUCGCCGCGUGCGGCUGAGGAGGCAGGGCGCGUUCGUUCGCCAGAGAGUCCCCCUCCGCCCCGCUCGCCUGAGGCAGGCUGGCGGCUCUCGCCGGGCGUGGAAGGCCGACCGCGGGUGCGUUCGGACGACGAGACUCUGCCAGGGCCUAAACUCAGUGGGAGCUCGACAGUCGUCUUCUCUGACUCCCUCUCGAGUGAGAAGGGACAGGGGAAGGCACGCGACAAAGAAGACGUCUAUUCUCCGCUGCGUGACCUCCUCCCGCUCACCGGAGGAUCCAGCGAAGCACCCAACUGGCGCGCUUUCAGCAAGCCCCCUGGACCCCCGUCGCCCGCGCUGCUCGCUGCAGGUGGCGACGCGCUGCGGGCGCUCUACGCCCUGCACGUGGCGCUGACGCAGUUCCUGUUUCUCGAGGAGGAAGAAGCUGAGCGAGACGCCGAGGCGGGGAGACCAAGGAAAAGGCUGGACGAUGCGCGAGACUGCAGAGGCGCGACGGGGCGAAACGCGGGUUCGCUCUCGGAGGGCGGAGAAGGAGAGGUGAGGGAGGGCGCCGUUCAUCAGACGAUGCACGCGCAGGAGGACUUUUGUGCGCCGACCGCGCAGAGACGCGCUCUCGACUUCUUCGCGUUCCUGCGCCUGCCUCUCCACGCUCGACUCGCGCGCCUCGCCGGCGUCUCGCGCUGGUGGGAGGACGGCGCGGAUGUCGAGGAGGCGCGGACAGUGGAGCGAGGACGUGAGGGAGAGGGCGCCCGAACGCAGGAAGAUCAAGAGACAGAAGAAGCCGCGCGAGUUGUUGCGAGACUGAGGAAGGGCGUGGUGCUGCCUCAACAAGCGUUUGACGAGAUCUUUGGGGGCGACGGCGACGGGGCGAGUCGAGGGAGAACGGCGGCAGAGGGGCUCUCGAGUUGCCCUCCCCGUGACGCUCUGUUUGGCUGGCAGCUCCAUCUGGCAUGCCCCUUUGGAGGCGCGGGAAGAGGACGGCAGUCUCGUCGCAGGGAUGCCGAGGUCGUUCAGGCGCAAGGCUCUCGGGCGCCUUCGUCGUCUCCCCCGCUGACUCGUUUGUUGGCUCCCUCGUCCUCCUCCUUCGCGGACUUCCUCUCCUGUCUGGAAACCUUCUGUUCGGCUCCCGCCCCUCAGCAAGUCGCCGAUUUCUGCCUCGAAGUUCUGCCCUGGUCGCCCUCUUCUUCGACGCCCGCGGCGUCGCUUUCUUCUUCGUCGCAGGUGGAGGAGGAGGAGCGAGGCGUGGAGACAGCGCGACGCAUGGUCCGCCGCAGUCUCGCGACUGUCGCCGAAGUCGUCAAGGCCAGCUCCCCCCUCGUGGCGUCCUCCUCGCGGCUGCUUCGCCGUCGCUCCGACGUGGGAGAAAUCGCUCUGUGCGCGGUCUAUCACCGCGCGAGUCUCCUGCCUGCCUCGUCCCUAUUUCUGCUCGUGGAUCGGCUGUACGACGCCCUCCCCCAAACCUUCGAGGAAGACAACGAAGGCGACGUCUCUCUCGCAUUCUCAAAGAGCGAGCAGGGAGGGAGGGAAAAGGAGCGCGCGAACCCCGACGCGGUGCGCGAUCCGCAGAGCCAGGGGGAGGACAAGGUGGCGGAGAGAGAGAAGGAGAGGAGGCAGCGACGCCUUCUGGAGCGACGAAAACGCCUCCGAGUUCUCGCUGGAGGUGCGGACAUGUUGGAGCAGCACCUGGACGUCGUCGAGUUCCUCAACCGCCACCUCGCCCCUCCUGGCGCCUCUUCUCAACUCCCUCCUUCCGCGCUUCGCGCUCUCCCCAGCACGACUUUUCAGCAGCUGAAGGCGGCCUGCCUUUCCCCUGGCUCCGCGCGCCUGCUCCUUACUUCUCUUCUCCACGCCCUCUGCCGCGCCUCUUCCGGCGCGCCGAUCGCCGGAGAGGGCGACGGCAAGAAGGCUGCGGCGAUCGACCUCAGGAGGGCGACACGCGGAGAAGGGGCUGAAUCCUCCGUCGGCACUCCGAUUCAGCGCGGAGGCGGCUCGUCUCCACUGCCUGCGCGGGUCACCACUUGCUCGGAGUUCCUCGACUGUGCGGCCUACAUCCAGCGACGCGCCUGCGCCGCUCUCUCUCCAGAUGAGUUCUACGAAAUCCUCCUGGCCACGUGCGCCACAGAAGUCGUUCCAUGCUUCGCGCGUGCCUCCGUCCCUUCCUCCUCGCCGUCCUCGUCUUCUUCCUGCCUUGGCUUCUCCUCGCUGCUGCACCAUCUGCGGCUGCUCGCUGCGCCCGGCGCCGACGCGGGACAGCCGGGGGCCUCUGGCGCCUCAGGCGGGCGGGCGCUGCUCGCGACUCUCCUUGACCGGUGGAGAGAAGUGUCGCUUCUCGCUGGCGACGACGCGCAGUGCGGUGCUUUCUUUCUGCGGGCGGGGGCCUGUCUGCUGGCAUGCGCCAGAGACCUGACUAACAACGCUGCAAGCUUCUCCGACCCUGCACUGGAGGCAGCUCGAGACCUGCUGCUCAUCUGCGCGGAGCUGGAGAAAACAGACGCUGUGGGGGGAUGCCUGUCACCCUCCUCUUCUGGCGCCGACAGACGGCGCGGCGCCGCAAAGAAGGGCAACGUCGAGGCCGCUCGGCUGCCCUUCAGGCGCCAAGCCGCUGCGCUUUCUCGGCAGGUUCGCGACGAGCUUCGGUUCCUCGCCUUCAUCAAAGCGUUUCAUCUCCUCUUAACCUCGCCGACAGUCUCCGCACCGCCCCAGCCAGCCCGCGCGGCGGAGUCGUCCUCAAACGUGAAGAGACGCUUCGGCGCGGAGGAACUCGAAGCUGUCGCCUCCGCUGCAGGCUCGUCCGCGAAAGCUGUCAUGGUCGGCGCAGCGCGCGGUGGCAGUGCGCUGGCGCUCGGCGCCCUCGAGGUCUCCGGCGUCGCGGCCUCUUCCACGCUGCGCCUCCUUCGCGGCGCGUCUGCGGCCGCGACCGAUCCAGCAGAGGCGGCGCAGCCCGCGCACAGAGAGGAUACUGGAGCCCCUACGAACGAACGCGAGAGGGGAGCGGGCGAGGAGGCGAUGCGCGCCUCGAAAGGAGAGCAGCAGCGCGAGCCCAUGUCGCAGCAGGCGCCUCGUGUGGCUCAUCGAGAGGGUGCGGGCGGAAGCAGGCUUUCAGGAGCCGCUCCCUCCGCCUCCGUCGCGUACUCGCUGGCGUCGUCUUCGUGGCCUUCCACGCCGCUUCACGUGCGCCUGGCGGCUGCCCAGCCCGGGGGCCUUGCGCGCCUGCUGCGGGCAAUUCUCCGCACCUUCCCCGAGGCUGCCGACGAAGAGGCGCUUCUCGAAGAGCUCGUCUCUCUGCUGGGCGAGCGCGGAAGAGCGGGCGACGGCGGGCGACGAGAUGGCGCAGGAGAGGAGGCGCCUCUCGCGAACAGAGAAGAGAAUUGGGAGGGCAGGUGGAGGGUCAGCGAAGCGCGCGCAUGGGCCUUCUUUGUGAGAGGACUCCUCAGUGACGCGCUGGGGACUCUCGCUGCGCUCCUUGUGCGUCAGCAAGCUCCGCUAACAGUUUGCCGGUCAGGCGACGCCGCGGGCUGGAAGCGAGCGCUGAGAGAGAACUCCGACGGAGAGACAGAGGAGGCAAGAAGCGAGCCGCAACGCAGCCAAGAGCGUGGGCGCGGCAGGAGGGGGAGAAGGAGGAGACUCGGACCAGGAGCUGUCGCAUGCAUGCGCCGCAUUCUGGCUGAGGCCGAUCCUUCUCUCGCAGUUCUCACGCUCCAGCUCGCGAAGCCGCGUCCUCUCCCGGCUUCGGCCCUCGCCCCUGAGAGCGUCGCAGAGCGUGCGCCUUCCUCAGCGCGGUUGCCGCUCACCUUCGCGACGGAGAAGUCUCCACCUUCGUCCUUUCUCUGUUUGUCUCCGAACGUGCGAGGGGCUCUCCUCGCUCUUGCAGUUCGUCGCGCGGACGCUCGCCACCUUCCCCUCCUCCUCAGCGCGUUCGCGGCAGUCCAGCACGGGCACUACGAGCUGCAGGCUGCUCUGUUCUUUUCCUUCACAAGCAAAGGAGAAAGAGCGCAGCGCGCCGGAGCCUUCUCGCCGAACGAUGCGGCAGCGGAGAACGCACCUUGCGGCGCCUCGGAGCGACGAGAAGCCGCGCACGCAGGGGCUCCCGCCGAGUUGGCCGCGACGUCCUGCGACAGUGCGCUGAGACGCGAGGAGACAGGACCUGAGGCGGCGCGGCCGCAUCUGCUGCACGGGGACGCCCAGUUUCAAACCGCCUCUAGUCCUGGGCGAGCCUCCUCCUCGUCUUCAUCUUCGCGAGAGACAGUUGCGGCGGACACGAGAAGGCGUGAGGAUGCCUGGUUUCCCGCGAAAAGCGCCGACUGGUUCGCGUCCUCUGAUGCACUCUCCUCUCGCUUGCGCCCUCCUGAUUCGCGGCGAGCAACGAAGGGCGGGGAGGGGACUGAGGCGCGAGACGAGGCAGGCGCCCUCGCUCCGCCAGGCGGCGCCUCGAGUUUUUGGCUGCAUGCAUCGAAGAUGGACGGGGGCGGGGCGUCGAGGGGACGCGAGGCUCGCGACCCCAGCGCGUGGAGUGGAGAGAAGGAGAGGCUCCUUGGGGGCAGCAGAGUGCCUGGGACGGGCGUGAAGGGCUGCGAGAGAUGGGCGUCAGCCUCUCCCUCUUGCUCUCCCCCUGUGUUGACGACCUCCCUUUUUCUUCGCGCGCGCGCCGCCCUCGGCCUCUCCUCUGUCUCCCCCGCCGCCGCGGCUUCCGGCUGUGCGGCCUCGAAGCCUGAGCGUUGCGCAGCGGAGAGCGGGCGGCCUUCCCGCGUCGCCGAGCCCGCCGCGUCCCCUGGGGCCAUCAGGCCGCCGCCUGUCGCGCCUGCGGCGUUUGUUUUCUCCGCGAUAGGCGUGGCGGAGGGCGUUGUGAACUUUGCAGCCUCGCGGGCGCGACAGGAAUACGACAAGCGCCUCGGUGCCUUCGCGGGGGUGCCGUUUCCUUUCGGCGCAGACAGGGGGGACGCGAAAAACGAAGACAUGCAGCGAGGAGCGGAGGCUCCAACUGGAGGCGGCGGCGCACAGAACGCAAUUGAUCACGAGGCCGAGUCGCGGACGGACUGUUCGUUCUGCAGCUCGAGAGAAUGGAACGAGGAAGCUGCAGAGGAGGAAGCGACAGCCGCACGCGGCUCUCUCGCGGCGCCUGCGUCCUCUGCGCCGGCGCCCACCGCGAGCAGCGAGCUAAUGGGACUGCCGGCAGACGCCCUCCGCACAGUGAAGCCUCCUUCCUCGUGGCAGGCAGAAAGCACUCUUAAGAGCCAGGGCGAAGGAGCUGCAGCGCAUCGAGCUCGCGGCGGCGUCCACGCCAAAGGCGAGUGGGUGCGAGACGCUGAGGAGGAGGCGGAGAAGUGGCGGUCGCUAGGGCGGGACAGCCUGGCCGCUGAGCCAUACGUCCUGUCGGCGAUUAUGACGUCGGGGCGGCUGGAGCCCCUCUCCGCACGGCCUAGCCUCCUCUUUUGGUCCCCUGUGGUAUCCGCGAAGGCACUGCCUUCUCCCGCAGAGGACGCCUCGUUGCCAGCGCCCGCCUCCUCCGCGCCCGCGUCCUCCUCGUCCGCCGCGUCGUGGUCCGCCCCGUCCAGCGGGUCUCUCCUGCUGUCUCUUUCCGAGACGACCAGCUGGGAUCUGCCUCUUCUCUUUUUCGUCUUCUCGCUGCUCCAGGGCGAGGCCGGGCGCUGUCGAUCGCGAAAACUCCUCGCGCGGGCGGAGGAGGCGCAGCAGACGAGAGACGCGGGAGAGCGAGGAGGCUCCCCUCGUCUGCAGUCCGACUUUGAAGAGGGUCAUGUACACGCGAGCUUCCAGCCGUGUCUGCGGCUCUUGCUUCAGGCUGACGUCGAGGCGGCCUUCCUCGUCGCCGCGCUUCUCUCUCUGUUUCCCUCGCCUCGUCCCGCGCCCGCGUCUAGCGGGCCUUCUCGAGCGUCGCGGUUUCCGCCUCCUGGCCGGCUGCUCGGGGCGGGGGAGGAGGCCGUCGAAUGCGAUGGACUCUGGGUGCAAGGCGACGCCUGUGUUCAUCGCUCAGUCUUCCCCCAGUGCGCGUUGCAGCUUCUGCAUCAUUUCCUUUCGUCUGCACCAGACUCGCGAGCCCCAGAGGAUGACGAGAAGGCCGCGCAGACCUCCUGCGCGUCCUCUCUUCGGCCGUCUUCUUCGCUCUCCCGCGCGGCGGCGUCUGCUGCGGAGUCCUCGUCUCGCAUGCUGCAGGCGAGAGCCGCGCGCUUCUGCCCGCAGCCGCAGGUCUGGAGCGGAUCGCCCUACGUAGCGCGGCCAGCGGUCGCGACAGACGCGCUGCUGCAGCUUCUCCUCCGGUGGCUGAUUCUCUCUCAGCUUUCUUCUUCGCUGGACUCUGUUUCCUCUCCUUCUCCGCCACGUCGUCCUCCCUCCGCGUCGCUGCCUUCGCCUGAUGCACGAGGAGACAAGGCGCGGAGCGAACGAGUGGAAAGCGCUCUUCGUGCCCCGCCUCGGCCUUCCUCGGUGCUGCACUCGCUUUUCCUCGCCCGGGAGUUUUUGCAGGCCUCCAACGUCGUCCUCGAGCUCCUCUCUCAGCUGCGCGACGGAGGCGCGAGCGAGAAGAGCGCCGGCCGCGCAAGACUCUCGGCGUCUCUCUGCGACGCCUCGAUCGCGCCGUCCGUGGACUCCACAGCGGGGGGAGAGGACGCCGGCGAGGCGAGGUUGCAUUCGCUUCUGUCUUCACUCGCGUGCGACGGCGCAUUCCGCCGCCAGCUGCUGCUGGGGAUCACGCAGGCCUUCCCGCAGCACAUCGACGCGGCGACUGCGGUCCUCCGUGCGGCGAACGCCCUCCAGAUUCCCCUCGUCGAUUUGCCGCGCCAGCUUCCGGCGGGGCUUUCUUCUUCUCCCUCUCUGUCGCUGUGCCGACUCCUCUUUGAGGGCAGCUGGGCGGAAGGCGAAGCCGCAUCCAAAACAAAUUCCCCGCCCCUGGGGUCGGGCGCCUCGCCAGAGCUCAGCGGCGCUGAGGAGACGAGGGACGAGGGGGAGAUCGAGGAGAGGGAGAGGGAGGGCACCGCGACCACGACCUGCGAGCCGUGCGAGGCGGUCAGACUGGCAGAACUCGCCUGGAGAGAAUCUGCCGCGUGGAGAAACGCAGCAGCGGCCGCUACGUCGGGAGACGCCGCCGCGGCGAACUUCUCAGUGGUUUUCCCACAACCGCAGGCUGGGACAUCUGCGCAGCAGGCGCUGCUUCCCUCCGUCUCUCCUGCGUGCCCGCUUCUUCAGCAUGACGGGGAAGGCCCCGGAGAGCUCCUUCCUGCCUCCUCUCUCUCUGCUAGUCCUGCUUCCUCGAUAUGUGCCGCUGCAUUUGUCUGUCCCGCGGUGGCGCCUGGCGCGCAGGCGAGUGGCCUGAGGAGUGCAGGUCCUCAGAGCAGAGCGUCGACGCAUGCGAAGAAGUUGGCGGGGUGGCGGCAAGCCGAAGGGCGAGAAGAGAGCAGGGAGGCGUUUCUCAUGCGUCUCGCGACGUUCGAGGCUCUCUUUCUCGCCCCCGACCAGCCCCUCCCGGCGUUUGUCGCCGAGCUCCACGCCCAGCUGCCUCUUCUUCUCCUGCAGCCCUCGCAGAGCUCGCGGCGGCGGGCGGCGACGCCUGAGGUCCGGGCAGCCAACGCGCGAGGGAGAGAAGACGACGUAGAGGGCGAAGGCGACAGACGAGGCGGCGUGUGUGUCACAGGCAAGUGGAUUGUUCGCCUGCUCAGAGUGUUCGCGAAAGCCAUGGAGCACCUGCGUCGAGAGGGCAAGCUUGGGCGGGAGACUGGCGCGCGCGUCCACGCGGUGAAGACGCUUCUCGAUGCCGAAGAGGAGCAAGGCAUGGACGCAGAGGAGGAAGAAGAAAGAAAAGAUGAGGAGAGGCAAGCACUUCAGCUCGCGAACCAGCUUCAGACGGCAAACGCAUCGCCUACUGGAGAAGGAGAUUCAGCAUCUUCUUCGCUUGCUUCCUCAUGGUCUCCUCAGCCUUCUUGCGACGCGCGGCUCCUCCACGGAGUCGCAGAGAAGACGCUGUUUCUUAGGACUCUCUUCACGUCUGCUGCGCAGGCGGCCGGCCUUUCGCCUGCAGAUUUCCUCGCGGAGGUCCUUCGUGGGAGGGCGAGCGAGGCGCGGGGAGACGAAGAAAGGGAAGGGGAGGAGGAAGCGGAGAGACUCGAGGGCGCAGAUGCGUGGCGAGGUCCACGUCAGAAAGAAGGCUUGAAGGGGCGACAAGAGCGAGCGGUGCGGAUUAUUCAAGAGACAGGUUUGGGAGACAGUCGCGUGGAGAAGGCGCUCUCUGUUCUGCUUUCUCUUCUUCCCCUGGUAGACAUCACCGGGCUCUUUCUUCUUCCGCCCACCUCGGCUGCCCCCGGCAGCGGGCAUUCCGAGGUUGCCAUUGCGAUGCACUCCUCAAAAAACGAAAGAAACACAACAACAGAAGAAGGGGAACGCGCAAAGGCGCAGAUCGCCGGCGGCGGUGCGCAGGAGGAAGAGAACCGAGAAGACGAUCCUUUUCUGCGCGGCCUCGUGAAAGCUGUCUGGGUAGCGACUGCGUCUCCGUGUCAAAGCUCGCUCCUUCGCGAGCGAAGUCUCGCGCUACUUGCUCUGCUGCAGCAGGGGCCGUCUGUUUUCUCUCGUCGCUGCCCUCCGUCAUCUGUCGCCGAAGUCCUCCUGCUUCGGCAUCUGCAAGCGCGAGGCUUUGCGGUCGCCGCACCACUCUUCGCUGCAUCCGCGUUUCGAGACAAGAAUGAGGAAGAAGAGAGCGACAGCCUUGGAAGAAGCGUGGCUACGAAUGACAGCGAGCAAACACAAGAUGAUCUGACUUCUCUUCUCCUCGCAUUCAUUCCUCUCUCGCGGUGGGAGGCAGCGUUGGGGAAGCUACGGGUCUGCGGCGGCCCCGGGGCUUCAGAGCAGGAAGGGAAAGCGGGAGACAGUCGGCUGAAGGCCUUGCGGAAACAAGGCACUCUUCUGAUACUCGUUCGCCAGAUGCGUCAAACACUGGAGAGACGGCGAGGGAAGAGCUCGGCGAGCCGCCGCAGAGACGCACAGAUCGGGGACCAGGAGAACCUCGACCCCAGAACGCACGGAGGCUUGGAGGACAAGAGAGGAGAAGGCAGGGAAGAUGAGGGAUGCGUCGAGCCGGGGGCAGGACAGGAUGAAGAGACGGCUUUGCGUCUCCUGCGGAAGCUGCGGUUUCAAGAGGCUUGGCUCCUGCUCGGUAUUUCGUGGGAUUACUGCCUUUCCCGUUCCGCCACAGCUUCGCUCGUUUCUUCCUCCCUUCUUUUUCCUGCUUUUUCUUCGCCGUCUUCAGAAGCAGAAGACUGCGGCGCGUCUCCGCAUUUUGGGCCUGCCUCGCUUCCUCCUUCCCCUCGUUCGUCGCCUGCGCCUGCCUGCACAUCGUAUGUGCUUCCCCCUUGCCUUUCCUCUUCGUCUUCUCCCUUUUCUCUGUCACGCGUUUCCUUCUCUUCUCCGCCCGCGACGCUGGAAGGUCAGCGGGAGUGUCUGUCGGCCGCUUGCGUGAACGUGCUGCUGUAUUGCGAGGCCUCAAAGUUUUCGUGUUUCUCCUCGGCUUUCUGGCGUGCGCUCUUCUCGCCGGCGCUAGCCCCCUUCGUCAGCGAAGCGAGCCCAAAGGCGAUGGCGGAGGCAGCCAUCGAAGGCGACUCCCAACGCGGGCCAGAAAGGCCAGCGGGCACGCAGAGCCUCACAGCGGACGCCCCAGGCAGCGGACGCUGGGGCGAGGAGCAAGGUGGAGAAGAGACAGGACACUUUUCCAGUGCGAGAGCGGACAGCGAAGAAGGCGCAGAGACGCAGACGCCCGCCGGGAAGACCGUGGGAGAGUUCGUGGCGGCGGGUCUCGUUCCGUGGCUUCAGAAGCUGUACGAGAGGCUGUGCGCGGGAGAGCAAAGCCGCGGCGCCGCCGCCUCAGGAGACGCAGGUCGUGGAGGCAAAGUCUUUCUCUCUGAAGCCGCGAUGAUCUUGCUGGCGCACACAGGCCACCAUUUGCAGCUGCUCCUGGAGAGACUCGAGGAGGCGCCCGGCAGCGCAGGCAUGAAAGAGUCCCUCUUUUCUGCGCUUGCUCAAGCUGUCAGCGAGUGGAUCGUCGAAGUGUAUCGGAGUCUGGAGCAUGCAAGUCUCGCGUCGGCUUCGGUGCGCGAUCGAAAGAAGGACGUGGAGACUCACGUUUUCUGCCUCGUCCUCUGCGACUCUCUGUUGCAGCACCGGCAUGCGCCGGACUCUCGGGGCUGCUCCCACGUGGCUCUCUCUCCGCCGUCACGCCCCUCUCCUUGCUCGCCUUCUCAGGUCGCCUUCGCGCGCCUGGAGCUGCUUCUCCUUUGGCUGGCAAUGCAGUCUGUGGACGCUGUGCUGCCUCGCGUGCCGCAGCUCGACGAUCAAGCCGCGGGAGAAGAAAACGCGUCGAGUGAAGAGAGGGAGACCUCAGGCUCUCUAUUCUUCGCCGCGCACCCUGGCUCUCGAACUGGCAGGCUGGCGUCUCUGUCGCUGCGCGCCUCUUCUUCGCGGGCUCGCGCCUUCGCAUCUGUUUCCGCGGCUCUCGCCAUUCUCGAGGGAGACUCUGCCGCUCAGCAGACCAAGCGGAACACAACGCCUCACCACGGGUUGUCUCCAGCUGAGGAAGAAGAAAGAGAAAACCGAGACGAGAAAGAGGCGCGAGCGCGAGCGGCCAAGUCAAGUUUCAAAGCACGCAGGUGCGGCGGGCGAGCGUUACUUGGAGCGUGGUUUUCUGCGCUGCGUUCGCAGCAGGUGGCAGCUGAACUUCACGACAGCGAGGGCGCAGAAAACCUGCAUCCAGGGCUUGAGUCUGCGAGGUUCUCCGCGUUCGCGAGCGCGCACAGCGAGGACACCGCGCACGUACAGGAGGAGGCGAGAGGGAAAGAGAGACGCGGCUCUCUGCGGCUACGCGAAAGGCUGCUCGGUCUCGCUCUUCUCCUGGCGGCCGAGAGCGGGGGCGCCAGAUGUGCUGGUUUGACAGAAGGAAACGUGGAACAGGAAGAGCCUGAGGAAAGUUCUGGAGAUCUUGAAGGGCGAGACGAUGCCGAGGCGGAGGGAGGGAUGCAGAUGUGGGUGCCGGAGGCUUUCGCUGCGCGUGAAGACGGCGAGAGGAACACUGGCGCUGAGCGAGCGAACGCCGGUAGCCUCAGCAGCGACGAGCGAAGGUCGGAAGAAGCGGAGCUGACGCGUUCAGAGCGACAAUGCGAGGCCGCGCAGUCUGCAGGCAUGUCUUCCUCGCUGCUAUGGGAAGGCCUCAUCGACAGCGCAUCGACGGAGGAAGAAGCUAUCCUGAUCGCACUCUUCGCCACCGGAAACAAGGGCUCGAAAGCAUUCGCACGUGGAGCAGGAAGUCCCUUUUCGUCUUCGCCUGCACUUCGCCUCUUGAAUCCGUCCAGCGGCGAGCGAGACAGAACCCUUGCGUGGCUCAGUUCAUUCGCGCUCUCAGUGGCUCCUUCCCCACCCCUCUGCGCUGACGGCACAGAGAGAUGCCUGCCUAAUUCAAGCUCGUCGCGUCCGCUUUCUUCAGCCGCGCAGUGUGCGGCUGCGUGGCUACUGAGCUGGGCGCAGAGCCGCGCCCGAGGGAGAGGAGACGCGCAUGCAGCCCUCGAUGCGCCGAGCGCCAGCAUCGCUCACGCAGCGUCUGCACCGGGAUCUUUCGGGCGCGGCGGACGCUCUUUCGUGCUGAACUCCCUCCUUGAGAGAAGCCACGCGCUCCUGCUCACGGCUCUCAUCGCGCUCUCCGGCUCCUGCUCGCCGUCUCCUUCUGGCUCGCCUGCCUCUUCUGCGUGGCUCUCCUCGGCCUUCGCCUCCGUAGUCGUCGCGACGCUCACCGAUCGCCGCUGGCUGGACGCGCUGGAAGAGGAGACCGAAGGCGAGGACAUGGCGGCAGGGCCUGCUGCGGGGUUGCGGAGGGCGCUUCCCGAUCUCCUCGUGCCGCGGAAGCCCGCAUCAGGAAAAGAUGAGAAGGCAGGGCUAGUUGGGAAGCCCGACCUCUGCGCCAGCGUCGCCGGGCGUGGCGGUUCCGUCGCGCAGUCGCUGCGGCGGGCGCCUCGUGACCUUCCUCAUCAACGCGUCGGCAGUCACGCCUCCUGGCGCGCCUCGCUUGACGAGGGAGCUCCUUGCGCGUCGUCUCCUCACGCUUCGAAUCUCUGCGCGUCUUUUGGUGCUCUCCCUGCCUUCCAGCGGCGCCCUGCCGCAGCGCGCACGCGCGCGGUGACCGCCGCGGUCAACCGCUGGUACGCCUCUCUCUCUGCAGAGUUGGGGGGCGGUGGAGAAGCAGAGGCGAGAGCGCCGGAAGAGGAGUGGGAGAGGAGAGACCGGGGAGAGCGCGAGGAGCUCCUUCUCGCAGUCCUUUGGCAUGUCCUGCGCUGGUUCGCCCUCCUUCGGCCUCAGUUGCUCGCCUCGGCGCUGCUCCAGCAGAGAUCCCUCAGUGCCGCACCGCGCUCAGGAAGAGACGAUCUGCCCGCGAGUGCAUCUCAGAGCGUAGAAACGGCGCAAGGAGGAAGCGGAAAAGCGGAGGGGACGAGAGAAAUGGCCAGCGAAACAGACCAAGAAUCUGUGUGGCGUCUCACCGCCUUGCAAACAGCCGUCGAACAGUAUCACUUCGCGCUCGCUGCCGCGCCGUUCGCGCGGCCUCGCCAGCCUGUCAUGCGGCGGCAGUCUCUGACGCGCUCUCGAGCCGAAGAGGAAGAACGGGAGGAUGCGGAAGGCGGGGGGGGCGAGAGCGGCGCAGGCGACUUCUGGGCGCUGGAGACGACGCAGGGCGUUCAGCAGGCUCGCGCGGGGUGGCGCUGCCUCUUCCCGGCGACCGCGUGGAUUCUGUGGCGGCUGGCCUGUGAAUGUGAAGAUGCCGCGUGCGAGUUUGAGGCAGGCUGGCGCGGUCUGCAGCAAGAAGAAAGAGGCCGCGACUGGCCGCAGCGGGCGGCGCAUCUCUCUGCUGCGUUUUCGGCGGCGUCUGAGUCGCACGGUCCUUUCUCCCCAGCCUGCACUCCGCCCUCCGCGCUGUCUUGUGUGGCGCGGUCUGCUUGCCCUUCUGCGGAUGCGCGAGGCGCAGUCACGGGGCUGUAUGGGAGUGUCAGCCUCUUCAUGAGCGACUCCUGCCCAGUCCUGCUGGCGGCGGAUGCGCGCCGGAGGGAAGACGAGAGGGCAGGUGCGCGUGUUGCUUUCCUCCAGAGAAGAGGUGGAGCCGCCCACGCACACCAAGAAGGCGAAGAGGCCAGCGUGUGGAGGCACGUGACAGAACGUCUCGGCGAGGCAGUUCAGAAGUAA